AUGAGCUGGAACGUGGCGGGUUGGAUCCGAACGGCGAAGUUGAUAGUGAAGUAUCACGGGUCUGUUGCCAAGUACCUCAUGAAGCAUGAUGUCGAUAUACUCGCCGUACAGGAAUCUAAAGUGAGUAAAGCGAGAGUGUCAUCUGUUGAGGCACAGCAAGCUGUCCCUAUGGGUUACGAGGCCUAUUGGUCGCAUUCUACCUCCAAGCCUGGUUUCAAUGGUGUUUGCACCUUCGUACGGGAGGGUAUACCUGUGAGGGAUGUCCUUAAUAAACCAUUCAAUGAUUCUAGAUUUGAUGAUGAGGGACGCUGUCUAGUUACCUUCCACAACGAUGACGUUGCCAUAGUGAAUGUGUAUGUACCCAAUGGUGGUGAGGGUGGCAAGAGGCUGCCUUACAAGAUUCAGUUCUUGUAUAAGCUACGAGCAUUGUGCAAGGGGCUUAGAGAGAAAGGCUGGAGAGUCAUCCUACUAGGGGAUCUCAAUAUGUCACCUGACCCGAGGGAUAUCUGGUGGGAAUACAGAAUCAUUGAUGUUAAUAGGCUGCUGGCCGAUCCUCCUAAGGGUGGUAGAAUCAAGGAUGCUCUCUCGAGCACGAAUUGGGAUACAAUAAUGCAAGUGAUGGAGACUCGUGAGAUCGUGCAGAUAUCACCCGACCGUUAUCGUGUCAAGGUGGAGGUAGGUCACUUAGAAUCCUCCAUUGCUGGAGUCCAUGAUGUUUCCUCACCUGAUGAAGGAGGGAAGACUAUUUUCUUGGGCUCAGCAUCUAAUUCAAUACCGUCUCUACAGUCGUCUUUCAACUUCAAUGCGGUGGUUCUGGAGGAUGGGAGUGUUGUGAAGCCUAGGGGGUGUAUCGAGGUCGAUGAGCUCUUUGAGAUCAUCCGGAAGAUUGUUGGUAUCAACAUUCCACUGACUGAACAGAGGAAGGUUGCGGACCUAUGGGGCAUGGGCAGAGGCAGUGAAGAUAUCAAACGAUGGCUCAAUGAUAUGAAGGAGGUCGAUGGUAUGAUAGACUCAUUCCGAUUGGCCCAUCCCAGCGCCGAGGACCGGUUCACCUGUUGGGAUCAGUAUAGGAAUCGAAGGUACGCCAAUGCUGGAUCUAGGAUUGAUUACAUAUUAGUUGAUAAUACUAUACCAAUUGAGAAGGGUGCUCCCCUGGCUAUAGGUUGUGAUGCUGAGGCUGCAUUGAGGUGUGCUACUGCUGAUGGCUUACAUGUGCCGGCUCCUCGAUUUGGGGACGAUAGAGGCAUACCCGAGAUGGACAGUGAGGUAGCGCGGGAAUGGGAAGUCGUCAAUUGCAGUCGACCUUUUCGUACGGGUAUGGUUUAUACUGCGCCCGUAUUUAGCGAUCAUAUUGCGGUUACUGCUUUACUAAAAGUAGAUCUUCAACGGCGUGGAGUAGCUCGGGUGGAUGAUGUGCAAGCAUGUAAACGUCUACAUGAAGCACAGUCUCACAAGGAGGGUAGGAGACCUCCCAAGGGGAACCAGGAUAUUGCCAAGUUCUUCCAAACAAUGACUACGAAUCAAAGGGUUAAUGGCGGGAAAGAGGAGCUCUGUGUGAAUGCAACUACUAAGGAUAAGAUAUCCAAACCGACUGGGAUUCGGAGGUGGUUAAAAACUGCGGAUUCCAAGGGUUCCUCUACGGGGGAUGAUAGCAGUUCUGGAGAACCAAUGAAGAAGAAACCUCGGUUGUAG